AUGGUACUUAAAGUUGGUUCAGGUGAUAUUGAUGAUUUAUCAACAUUAAAUGUUCUUGAUGAAGCAAGUCUUUUACGUGAAUUACGUGCUAGAUAUAAAAAAGGAAUAAUCUAUACAUACAUAGGAGAUGUACUCAUUGCAAUUAAUCCAUUUAAACAAUUAAAUAUUUAUGAAAAACAACAACAUGAUCUUUAUAAAUAUGUUCAAUGUCGACAUCAAUUAGCACCACAUAUUUUUUGGGUUGCUGAUCAAGCUUAUCGAAAACUUUGUUUAGCGAAAAGAUCACAAUGUAUUGCAGUUUCAGGCGAAAGCGGAGCUGGAAAAACUGAAUCGACAAAACUUAUGGUUUCUCAUAUAAUUCAUUGUUCAGGUGAUGCUGGUGAUCGUGAAUUACAAAAUCGAAUAAUUGAAACAUCACCCUUACUUGAAGCAUUUGGAAAUGCUCAAACAUGUAUGAAUCAAAAUUCAAGUCGUUUUGGAAAAUAUCUUCAAUUAAAUUUUACGGAUGCAGGUCGCAUUAUUGGUGCGAAAGUUUAUCAUUAUUUACUUGAAAAAUCUCGUGUUGUUCAACAUGGUCCUGGCGAACGAACAUUUCAUUUUUUCUAUUAUCUAUUUGCUGGUCUCGAAAAAGAAACUUUAGAAUAUUUUUAUUUGGAUGAUCCAGAAACUUAUCGAAUUUUAAAAGAUCCAUGUGGUGGAAAAGUAUUUCCAAGUCGAUCGGAUUUUAAACAUUGUCGACAAAUGUUUAAUACACAAAAAGAAAUAAUGCGAAGAGUGGGAUUUACUGAUGAUGAUAUAAAUAUGGUAUUUACUAUUCUUUCAGCAAUUCUUCAUUUAACAAAUAUUCACUUUUCACAUGAUGAUGAAACUGAUGGAGUUUAUAUUGAAGAUGAAUAUCCAUUAGAAGUUGUUUGCACCUUACUGGCACUUGAUCAAGAAAUUCUUACCAUGGCUCUUAUUUCAACAUUUAGUAUAACUAAAGGUGAACGUGUUAUUAGUUUAAAAAAUUUUGAUCAAGCUAAUGAUUGUCGUGAUGCUCUUGCUAAAGCUUUAUAUGAACGUUUAUUUUCAUGGAUUGUUAAACAAACAAAUACACUGUUACAACCAAAUCGACGACAUAAUCAUACAGAUAAUAAUGUUUAUCGUACAUGUUCAAUCUUAGAUAUGUCUGGUUUUGAAAAUUUUCAAGUUAAUAGUUUUGAACAAUUAUGUAUCAAUGUUGCAAAUGAACAUCUACAGUAUUAUUUUAAUGAACAUAUUUUUUUACAAGAAGAACAAGAUUAUGGAACAGAAGGUGUAUCAUGGGAAAAAGUUGAAUUUCAAAAUAAUGAAGAUUUAAUUGAAUUAUUUAUGGGAACAUUAGGUAUAUUUGCAUUACUUGAUGAAGAAUCUCGUUUUCCAAAAGCAAAUGAUGAAUCAUUGGUACAAAAAUUUCAUAGUCAUUGUAAAAAUCAUCCAAGAUAUAUAAGACCAAGAGGCAAUGAAACAGCUUUUGGAAUCCAUCAUUAUGCUGGAAAAGUUGUUUAUGAUGCUCGUGGAUUUUUAGAAAAAAAUCGAGAUAAUCUUAGUGCAAAUUUAAUUGAAUGUAUGGAAAAAAGUGGAAUUGAAUUAAUUGGUUAUUUGUUUACUAUUAAUGAUGAUACAACUAGCAUAUCAGAUACUGUUCUAUCGUCUAUUUCACCAUUUGGAAUGGUAAAUAAGCCUAAAACAACUUCAUUUCAUCCAACUCGUCGUCCAAAAUCUUUUGAUACUGAAUAUACAAAAGAAAAUUUAAGUCAAAAAGCUGCUAAAUCUCUUCGACAAGAAUCACGACCAUAUAAAACGAAUACAGUUCAAAAAGAACGUUUUAGUCAACAUACAGUUGCUGUUCAUUUUAAAGUAAACAUUUCUUAA